UGCCACCCGCCGCGGGGACCGCUGGCCAAGCACCGCCUGGUCCCGCCGGCCCAGGGUCGGGUCAGCCGCCGCCUCAGCCCCCGCAAGAUCUCCACCUGCACCGACCACGAGCUGGAGAACCACAGCAUGUACUGCGUGCAGUGCAAGAGCCCCGUCUGCUACCAGUGCCUGGAGGAGGGCAAGCACUCCAGCCACGAAGUCAAGGCCCUGGGCGCCAUGUGGAAGCUCCACAAGAGCCAGCUUUCCCAGGCCCUGAACGGGUUGUCAGACAGAGCCAAGGAAGCAAAAGAGUUCCUGGUCCAGCUCCGCAACAUGGUUCAGCAAAUCCAGGAGAACAGCGUGGAGUUCGAGGCCUGCCUGGUGGCCCAGUGUGACGCUCUCAUCGACGCCCUCAACAGAAGGAAAGCCCAGUUGCUGUCCCGGGUCAACAAGGAGCACGAGCACAAGCUAAAGGUGGUGCGAGACCAGAUUUCUCACUGCACGGUCAAGCUGCGCCAGACCACGGGCCUGAUGGAGUACUGCCUGGAGGUCAUCAAGGAGAACGACCCCAGCGGCUUCCUGCAGAUCUCCGACGCUCUCAUCAGGAGAGUGCACUUAACUGAGGACCAGUGGGGAAAGGGGACGCUCACACCCCGGAUGACCACGGACUUUGACCUGAACCUUGACAACGCCCCUCUGCUACAGUCCAUCCAUCAGCUCGACUUCGUACAGAUGAAAGUUUCCUCCCCAGUGCCGGCCCCCCCGAUCCUGCAGCUAGAGGAGUGUUGCACCCACAACAACAGUGCUACCUUGUCCUGGAAGCAGCCGCCCUUGUCGACGGUACAGGUGGAAGGCUACAUCUUGGAGCUCGAUGACGGCAACGGCGGCCAGUUCAGGGAGGUGUACGUGGGCAAGGAGACCAUGUGCACGGUGGACGGGCUUCACUUCAACAGCACGUACAGCGCACGUGUCAAAGCCUUCAACAAAACAGGAGUCAGCCCCUACAGCAAGACCUUGGUCCUCCAGACAUCUGAGGUUGCUUGGUUUUCUUUCGAUCCUGCCUCUGCCCAUGCUGACAUCAUCUUUUCUAAUGACAACCUGACUGUCACCUGCAACAGCUAUGAUGACAGGGUUGUGCUGGGGAAAACGGGCUUUUCCAAAGGGCUCCAUUACUGGGAGCUGUCAAUCGAUCGUUACGAUAACCACCCCGACCCGGCCUUUGGUGUGGCACGCAUUGAUGUCCUGAAGGAUGCCAUGCUGGGCAAGGACGACAAGGCCUGGGCCAUGUACGUGGACAAUAACCGGAGCUGGUUCAUGCACAACAAUUCGCACACCAACAGAACCGAGGGUGGGAUAACGAAAGGCGCCACGGUGGGAGUGCUGCUGGAUUUGACCAGGAGGACCUUGACAUUCUCCAUCAACGAGGACCAGCAAGGGCCUGUCGCCUUCGAGAACCUGGAGGGCCUCUUCUUCCCCGCCGUCAGCCUCAACAGGAACGUGCAGGUGACGCUGCACACCGGUCUGCCGGUCCCCGAAUUCUACGCUUCGCGCUCAGCCAUGCCAUGA